GUGUUUAGCAGCAUCAUCCUACGGACCUGCACCGCUUACUUUCAGUCGAGGCUGACUUUUUCUCCCGCACAAAAAUUAAGCAAAAAUAAAAUCACCCCAGAACCAAGUAGAACACACAGGAGACAUCUUAAGGUUUUUCUGACCACUCCAGGCAUCAGACCGGACUUCUCCCGUUGACUCCGCACUCUCGCAAGGCAAAAUGGGGAAACAGAACAGCAAGCUGACCCCUGAAGUGAUGGAGGAUCUGGUGAAGAACACAGAGUUUAAUGAACACGAGCUGAAGCAGUGGUACAAGGGAUUCCUGAAGGACUGUCCCAGCGGUCGACUCAACCUGGAGGAGUUCCAGCAGCUCUAUGUCAAGUUCUUCCCUUACGGUGACGCGUCCAAGUUCGCCCAGCACGCCUUCAGGACCUUCGACAAGAACGGCGACGGCACCAUCGACUUCAGAGAGUUCAUCUGUGCGUUGUCCAUCACAUCACGAGGCAGCUUCGAGCAGAAACUCAAUUGGGCCUUCAACAUGUACGACCUGGACGGAGACGGCAAGAUCACACGGGUGGAGAUGCUGGAGAUCAUCGAGGCGAUCUACAAGAUGGUGGGCACUGUGAUCAUGAUGAAAAUGAACGAGGACGGCCUGACGCCCGAGCAGAGGGUGGACAAGAUCUUCUCCAAGAUGGAUAAGAACAACGAUGACCAGAUCACGCUGGAGGAGUUCAAAGAGGCGGCCAAGAGCGACCCGUCCAUCGUAUUACUGCUGCAGUGUGACCUUCAGAAAUAGGCCGGAGGGCGAGCAGAGCGCUCCACCAGCCGCCACGGACUGCACAGAAAGAAUUUCAUGUUCCAUUCAGUUUGCAGCUAUUUCCACUGAAAAAAAAAAUAUAUAUAUAUGCUUGGACUACCUUUCAAUGGAUCUGCUUCUUGUGUUUGAAACACUCGUGUGCAUGAGAAUGUUAUUUGCUAUAAAAAGAUCUACACAACAACAUACCAGAGUGUGCGGGUGCACACUUACACCACAGACCAGAUACACAAACAGUACACACACACACACUCACACAUGCACACACAAUCUCUCACUACACAUUAACACCUCGCACAGAUAAUAUAUAUAUAGAUAUAUAAAUAUGAAUAUAUAUUUAAAUUAUUUAAAGAUCAACUGCCAAAAUGUGAAGUGUGCAAAGUAUUUUCCAUACAGUUUCAUUCUACUGGAGCUUGCGCAUCAGCGAUGUGCUGCGUUGAAUUUGCCGCUACUCUAUUUAAUGUUCCGAGUUUACUGACGCUAGCUGUAUGUGUUUCAUAAUACUGAGUAAUGUCGACCGAACCAAAUUCCUAUGAUAAUGUACCUGCCUCCAACAAGACACUCUUUCCAUCAUCUCAAAUAUUAGCUCUAGAAGAGAUGGAUUAGCGUUUGUCCAACUUUUCCUUCCAAGACAUGCUUGUACUGUCGGUUAAAAAACAAAAAAAAAGCAAAACGUAAAUGUAGUUGAUUUGCAUGCCUUUAGGUUCUGCCUUAAAAAGCUCCUCAUUUUGUAUCCUGUAAUCGAAGACGGAAAGCCUUAUCAAAGCAGCGCGGUGACACUUAGGGGAAACCGUGAGAAAAGAUUCUUACCGAAUAGGGAGGAAAAAAAAGAUCCUAUUGCAGUAGGUCCUUCUACAAGUAUCGUCGUAUGGGAUGUAAUUUUUGUGAUCUGUUGAGACCUUUUCUUUUGACUGCUUUAACUGUGGGAGCAUGUUUCCUUGUAGAUUAGCCGUAGUAUAUGUUGCUAAGAACUAAACCCCUGCCCCUGCAUUUAAACACCCCAUCUCAUUAUAAAUUAGGAGAUGCUGAAUGUGGAGGAAUCAGUUAUUUUGGAACACUAUCAGAGAUU